GGCAACUUUGAGGGCUACAGGUUCCUGACGACCAAGAAAGCCUAUGACUGGAGAUAGCGACUUAAGGAAGAAACUGGCAAGUUUGGCUGGAUGAGACGGUCAAGACUGGUUGGCAGAGACUACAAGUUUCUUUCGCCUGAAAUGGAGAAUUUGUUCAGCCCAACAAGCAAUGCAAUUGGAGUGAAAUUGUGGGCAGCAUUGGUUCAGUCGAGCCAAGGAGAACUUGGUCUAUGGGCAGUCGAUGUGAAGGACGCCUACCUCAUGGUACCCCAAGAGGAGAAGGCCUAUGUGGAGUGCAAUGGCGAGUUCUUUGAACUUGGACGAUGCCUACCUGGACAACGAGUUGGUUCCAAGGCAUGGUAUGACCACUUGGGCAAAGUGGCAAGAGACCAAGGGCCGCGUUUUUUUUAAAGGAUUUUUUCCGUUUUUUCUUUUAUUUUUUUUCUGGUCCUGUUGUGGGCGCCUUCCCUCAGGCUCGUGUCUCCA